AGCAAAUCAGAGUCUGUAUACAACUUACAACAAACUUUGCGUCACUGUAUAAUCUCUCACGUUUCUGUGGAAAAAAACUUACGGCCAAAUUCAAGAUCAAUAACAUAAAAAAAUUGUGUUGACGUGACAAUACGCAAAAUUUGAAUUUGUUAGGGAAUUUUUUGUUUCUGCGUCUCACUCUUGCACAACAAGUAACGAAAACUGACGAAUUGACGAAAACGAACCUAACCUCAACGCGAGGUUGUGUUAUUGACGAUCGUAAAAGCUGAUUCUCCAUUUUUCGAUUGUGCUUUUUGUGCAUAACCUCGAAGUGACUUGUGUGCAACAUGACGACAGACACCGAAAGCUCCCCCCCGACGAAACCGAAACGCGGGAGCCAAUCUAAAUCUCCAGAACCCAAAAAACACAAACGAGAUGAUUCUCCCCACAAAUCCCGCGAUCGGGACGGCCGCAAGCACCGUUCUAAACGUUCACGUUCUAGAGAAAAGCGACGAAGUCGAAAGUACCACGACCUAGAUCGUCCAGUUGAGGACUACCCAAGGUAUUAUGGGGAGGACCUCGACUACAAACAAAACAGUGACAGAUACUGGACAAAGUAUCCGCGAAAGGAUGAAAAUCAAAUCGGUAACCGUUAUUAUGGGGGCGAAGCAGACAGCAAUCGAGAAGUCGACAGAGAAAAGAGUAACAAGCAACCAGAGAAAGAAAAAGAAGAAAUUAGGGACAAACCACAAGAGAACCCAGCAAAGGAGACGAUUACUCCUCGCGAGAAAAAGACUGUUGAUUUGUUGACUAGAACGGGGGGGGCUUACAUACCGCCCGCGAAACUGCGGAUGAUGCAGGCAGAAAUCACAGACAAGUCUUCAGCAGCAUACCAAAGAAUUGCUUGGGAAGCGUUGAAAAAAUCUAUUCAUGGGUACAUAAACAAAGUGAAUACUUCGAAUAUUGGAAUUAUUUCCAGAGAAUUGCUCCAUGAAAACGUUGUAAGAGGUCGUGGUUUACUGUGCAAAUCAAUCAUUCAAGCACAAGCUGCGUCUCCUACUUUCACAAAUGUGUAUUCAGCUCUUGUUGCUGUAAUUAACUCAAAAUUUCCAAAUAUUGGCGAAUUAUUAUUGAAAAGAUUAGUUUUACAAUUUAAGCGAGGGUUUAAACAAAACAACAAAGUCAUCUGCAUAUCGGCUACUACUUUUGUUGCGCAUUUAGUUAAUCAAAGAGUUGCCCAUGAAAUUCUUGCUCUGGAAAUUUUAACUCUUUUAGUUGAAACACCAACUGAUGAUUCUGUAGAGGUAGCCAUUUCGUUCUUAAAAGAGUGUGGGCAAAAAUUGACUGAAGUAUCUAGUAAAGGAAUAAAUGCAAUCUUCGAAAUGUUGAGGAACAUUCUUCAUGAAGGGCAGUUGGAACAACGAAUUCAAUACAUGAUUGAAGUCAUGUUCCAAAUUCGGAAGGACGGUUUUAAAGAUCACGCUGCCGUCAUUGAGGCACUCGAUUUGGUAGAUGAAGAACAUCAAUUUACCCACUUAAUAACUUUGGAUGAUGUAAAACAAUCAAACGCCGAAGACAUUCUUAACGUCUUUAAAUUUGAUGACAAUUAUGAAGAAAAUGAAGGCAAAUACAAAACUCUGAGCAAAGAAAUCUUGGACGCGAGUAGUUCAGAAUCUGGCUCUGAGGAAGGUUCUGGUGAGGAGGACGAAGAUGAAGAUGAAGACGACGAUGAAGAAGACGCUGUCCCUAAAAAUGAAUCCAACAUCAUUGACAACACAGAAACAAAUUUGGUGGCAUUGAGAAGAACUAUAUACCUAACAAUCCAGUCAAGUUUGGAUUUUGAAGAAAGUGCUCACAAACUAAUGAAAAUGGAACUUAAGCCUGGCCAAGAAAUUGAGCUCUGCCAUAUGUUCUUGGAUUGUUGUGCAGAACAAAGAACUUAUGAGAAAUUUUAUGGUUUGCUGGCUCAGAGAUUUUGUCAAGUAAAUCAGAUUUAUGUCGAACCAUUUCAACAAAUAUUUAAAGAUACAUAUGCCACCACUCACAGAUUAGACACAAAUAAAUUGAGAAAUGUGAGUAAGUUCUUUGCACACCUGAUGUUUACAGAUGCUAUAGGUUGGGAAGUUUUGGAAAUCAUGAAACUGAAUGAAGAAGACACAAACAGUUCUAAUAGGAUUUUUAUCAAAAUUUUGUUUCAAGAGCUGGCGGAAUAUAUGGGCUUAGAAAAAUUAAACGCGAGGCUGAAAGACCCGACGUUACAGACGCACUUUGAGGGAUUGUUCCCAAGAGAUGAUCCAAAGAAUACAAGAUUCGCAAUUAACUUCUUUACAUCAAUUGGAUUAGGAGGACUUACAGCUGAACUAAGGGAACACUUGAAGACAGCUCCCAAAGUUUCAACAUUGAACAUUGCAGAAGAAUCGAGCGACUCCAGUAGUAGUUCCAGUUCUUCCAGCAGUGAGGAAAGCAGUGACUCAGAAUCAUCAAGUUCAGAAGAUGAGAAAAAGAAGAAAAAGGAAAAAGAUAAGAAUAAAAAACGUCCAGAUUCGUCUGAUGAAGAAAAACGCAGAAAGAGAGAUUCAAGAGACGUGCGAAGGUACCGGAACGAAAGAUCAAGAGAACAAGACACUAGACGAAAACGGCGAAGUCCUGAACCCAGACACAGAAGAUAAAGUUGCAUGUAUAAUAAUUGUUACUUUUUUUAAUAAAUUAAUUAUGUAUCACGUAAAACUUGAAACUGUUCAUAUUUAUGUAAUAAAAACUUAUUUACUGGUAA